AAUAUUCCUUUCGUGUGUUCGACCGCGAGUGAAUAUUAUUUUUUUGAUAAAAACUAAAUCGUGAAGGUGAUAACACAACUCAUUAUCUGCUCUUCGGCUAUGCGAAAGUGUGAUAUAAAACUUUGACUGUUCUAUGACAAACAGUUCAGUCGUUCAUUGCUUUUCUUCCAUUGAAGAGCACCUAUUUAGUUGUUCUGUGUUUGAGUGAUUGUUGGAUUAAUUUUGUGUGUGACGAAAAAAAUAUAAUUCAAAAUGGAGCCACAGAAAUCCAUGUACCCCCAUCCGGAUCCCAAUAGCUAUGGAGGUGAAAAUACCGGUGGGUAUCCUCAUCAAACAGCCGGCUAUCCCCAUGAAUCGGGCUAUCCGCAUGAGUCAGGCUACCCCCAGCAGCCACCCCCGCAGUACGCUAUGCCACAGCCUGAAAUGCAGUACAUGCCACCCCCAAUUGUCACUCAACCCACAGCUACAAUUAUAAUGCCACCCCAGGUUGGUCCUGAUCCAACCAUGAUUACGUGCCCCUCGUGCCACAGCACCGUAGUCACGAGGAUGGAGUACGAGCCAAACACAAGGACCCACAUUUGUGCCCUUCUACUUUGUGUCUUCUGUUGCUGGCCAUGUGUAUGUGUGCCCUACUGUGUGGACUCCUGCCAGAGUGGCAAUCACUACUGCCCCAGCUGUGGUGCCUAUGUUGGAACAUAUGAAAAUUAAUGAGAAUAAGGCGGAUUUUCAAGGACGUAUAUUUAAAAAUUUAAGGGAUCAAUGAAAAACAAUCCCCCGCAAGGUCCGAAUCUUCAAGAAAAUCAUGAAUUUCCACUGCAAAAAAAGCUGUGAAGUCAAUGUUUUUAUCAACUGAUUCGUGAUUCAUCUUAUACACUUGAAGAUUUCCUGAGAACUACUGCACAUACGGCUUCUCUGUUUGCAUUCAAAAUGUAUCAUUUCAGCAAAAUCUUAUCGCAAUAAAUUUAUUUCUUCAUUUACUAAA